AUGGGACGUUUUCUCCACCUCACCUCUGUGUUCAUAGUGGAAACUCCCCGGCAUUCCCCCCUCGGGUGCCGCCCUGUAUGUGGUUUGGCUCGAGGGAGAGAGGUGAGAGGGGUAUCAAAAGGACUAAAGGUAUUUGCUCAACCUAUUUUUUUUUAGUAUAUGCAUCUGCGACGACAAGCAUGACUCAAGCACCACACCUGUCACUGGACCAUACACACACCCCUAGAUGCCAAAUUAAUUUGCAAUCAACUGAGAAACAAAGUAAAGAGGAAGAGGAAAGAGAGAGACGUGUGAACGGGAAAGUAUCCGAUCAUAUAGCAAAGAAUCUGAUAAAAAACAAGGAUCACUUAGGCAGGGACUACUCUGGCACAUCUCUCCACAGCUAAAUGCUUCCCUGUGUCAGCACAUUGGCUGCUUGUCAAAGAACAGACGGAGAGAGCGGCAGAGAGACAGAGACAGAAACACCAACCGGCAGAGGAGGAAGCAAGAAUAUCUGCAGAGAAACCAAAGACGGAACUCGAGAAGCUGGAGCCCUGAUGAGGAUGACGACACGACCGCUCAUCCACCAAGACUGGAAUUGGUGAUACAGGUAAGGCUACACGGAGCAGCACAAACUCAAACAACCAGAACACAUCUGGAAAGGAUAGAGGUAAAUGCUGAGUCUUUGAAUCAAUGACUAUCUAAAGAAUUCAGGUUUCAUAUUGAAUAUAAAGAGAGAGGGACAAGCAGCAUGCACGUCAAACAGCACACACAUAGGCUGACACAAACCAUGGCCUAAGUGAUUAAGAACACACACACACACGCACACACACACACACACACACACACACACACAGGGUAAAUGCUGGUGCAGUCUUGACGUAAUUUUUCUCAUUUCCUUUUAUUAAAAUCAAAGAAAAAUUAACUAUCAUCUUAAAUGUCAUUCAAAAGAAAUUCAAGUCUCAGCUCAUUCAUUCAUUUCUUUAAAAACAAACUAAUUCAUCACACAAAAGACUUUGACUGACUCUUGAUUAAAAUGCCUACAUCUGUUUUUCAUGUGUUUUAACUCCUGUAUCUUCUUUUCUUUUUUUUUCUUUUUUUUUUAAUCAACAUCCUGUGUUUCCUCUUUCAGUUUCAUUUAUGUGUGACUCACGCACCGGAGAGAGUUUACACGGAAAUAGCAGCAAAAGUGGUUUAACUGAUUCGAUAUUCAGCCUUAUAGCUUCCACGGAAAUAUAUCAAAAUGUCUUGGAGACUGUGUGGGGGGAAAAGCAGAGAAAAUAUAGGUAAUAUCAUUUAAACACAAAUAAUAAAAGACUUUUUCCAUGUAAUUUUACCAUGAGUCAUAUUUCAAUAUCAGAAUACAAAGGGGGAGUAUUUGUGAGCAUUAUAAAAAUGAAUAACUACAGUGGGAAGUGUCAUGAUCAAACUUGUAAUGUUGUUUGGGGUUUAUUGUAGGUGUAUUCUUCCACUCUCUUCGCCCUGUCGGACCGGCAUUCCAUGUCCUUAUAAAUAAUUCAUUUUUUAAUCUGAUUUCCCAGAGCGAUUCUCAGUGUGUUAGUCACAUAUUCAAUAACGGCGCGCGGUGAAUAAUCUGGCUCUGUGUUUCGCUGAUUUUCCCCCCCAUGUUCUGCGCGUGUGUGUGUGGCGAGGGGAGGGGGGCGUCGGAGUCUGAAAGUGACUACAGAGGAGGAGAAGAGAGGAGUCAGGUGCAUCAUCAGUCAACAUCCCUACAGGUUGACAAUGAACAGAUGCAUUUCUACUACAAAGCCAUGUUUAGGAUUACUUGUCACCGUCAUCUGCAGCCUGAGCGUCAGCGCUGUCUCACAGACGCACAUAUAGAAGGUUUGCUCAAACAAUCCCUCAAUCGACAACAAAAUCCAUGUUAUUAUCUGAGUAAAAAAAUAGAUUAAAAUAUUGGGAAUCAAAUGUAUAUUUCUUUGAAUGCAUUUUAAGUCAUCUAUUUCUAUUUUUCUCAAAUUUUAUUUUGUAAAACAGAUAAAACAAAUGAAUGAAUUAGUUUGCACAGUAACAUAUUACUGCAAAAAUACAGGAAGUUAUAAAUGGUGUGUUUUUUAUAACAUAGUUGAUAACAAAAAACUUGACAAUUGCAGUUUAACAGUAUUAUACAGAAUUUUUGAAGUUUGAGACUGCCCCUCUGAUAAGGGACAUGCCACAUCCUGCCCAACCAUCUCAACAUAUUCAGCUGCAAAGAAAGAAGAAAACAGGAAUAUGUGGUUAUAGUUGACCAACAUAAGAUGUGUUUUCAUGUAAAUUAUUUAGAUCUCUGGAUUUGGGGUCACUUUAAGUGCUUUCAGAAAAUGAUUCAAAGCUGGAAAACAAGAAAUGACUUACAGUGGAAUUCAAUUUCAAGAGGAAUUUUCCUGCAAAAUAUGGGGCAAACAUUCCAGGUCAAAAAAGUAGGCCUAUGUACUUCAUGCCUAUUUUUUUUAAAAUACCACAAACUUGGGAGUAUGACACAACAGUUCCAAGUGGUGAAGGAGUGGAAAUGCUGCUCUGUACCGUGCCACUGCCCUUAAUGCCCUAGGCGCUGUGUUUUUCCCCAGCCACACAGUCUGGCCACAAACACACACAAACAAGCAACUACAGUUCACCAAGACCUCACAACACAGCAGACGCCUGUUUCAAUAUAUUUCUCCCUUUUGAAAAAUAUGUAUCUAAUUUACGAUCAUACUAAUAUAAUAAUUUUGCAGCCACAGGCGAGGGAAGCCGGUUUUCCCCCCAUCGAGACACACAGACACAUUUUUAGCAAUUCACUCGGAACAGCUGGACCUGCAUUUGUAUUUCACAGUUCCUACUAUGUUGCGUCUUAAAAGCUGAGAGCCCGGCACUUACACUUAAACUUCUGUGGUCAACUUGGGCAUAGAGGUGUCAAUGAUGUGUUGUACUAAGUCUGGGCUCAAAUGUGAGUGUUUUUUUGUUUUUUUUUGUACUACAAAGACUACAAGUCUUUGUAAAUAAGGGGUAGUAUGAACUGCAUUGUUAUGGUUAAACAAGUUUAGAGAAAUAACAUGAUUUUUUUUCCUUUAUGAGGACUUUUAUUUAUUAUCUGAAGUGUAGCAUUGACUGCUGAGGCUUGUGAGCUUGCUCAGAUUUCUUUUACAUAACAUUAAAAAUUAAACCUAUGUUUAAAAAAAUAGACUAAAAAUAGAAUAACCAAGGAUAUAAACUGGCAUCCACCAAGCGCCAAAUGCAGAAAAAUUUUUCCAUCAGGGGAGUACACUUCAGGUCUGUUUGCCUCAUAAUAGCUGAAUGUUUGUACUAAAUAGUCAACACAUUAAGCUGCAGCUUCUUUACCACUCCUCAACUGUCUGCAUGUCAGAGCUUAGCAGGGAUGCAUAAACAUAUGCAUGCAAACCCAUGCACAUCAACACCAUGCACUCCUGUUCACCACACUGGAUGACAGCUACUCUGCUUAAACAGUUGUCAGGAUUAAGACUUUGUGACUGGGCAACUAGAUAAAGGUCAAUUUUAGUUUCUAUGAAUCUAUAAGUGGCUUUAAAAUGUUUUUUUCCCCUCCUAAGAAAUGACUCGAGUAAGUACACUUUCUGCUCAUUCAGCCCCUCACACUCGUCACCGUGAUGAUGAGCACAAACACCAAAGGUCACAGGUUACAACUGUUUGAGUUUACGGCACACAACUAAUCGCAGUUAUAAAAGAAUUAAAACUCAGUGUGAUCCGAGGCUUUUGAUGGCUGUUUAAAGUAUCCCAAUAUUUCAGCAUAUAGAUAUUUUUCUAACAUCCUAAUCUUAAAAAAGGCAAAACUGACAGCAGCAGGUUCAUACGUCUACAAACAGGAUUUUCAGACACUGUUUUUCGUGUGUCAAAACUGACAUGAUGUAUUUAAAAUCUUUUGUAUUGGUGCGUCUAAAUGUGGGGAACAUCAACAGAGAAAGACAAAAGGUGCAUAAAUAAAGACAGAAUUAAUUCAUCUUACUAAUUUUAAAUGCGCCCAAUAAAAACUAACGCAACAUCUUUUCAAACAACUAAGUAGUUAAUGUCCACUCAGCAAGUUUGUUCAUAUUUAUGGCACUAAGUAACUUAAUGGAGGUGAUGUACCAAACGUUUUAAAAAACUUUUAUUUAUUAACUCUAUCAUCAUGCAGUACUUUGUAACUAAGAAACUUCACCUCUGACCGUUCUGUGACAAAAACAGGGUGACGGAGUUAAUGAUAAAAUGGGGGCUUACGGCAGGAGGUGGUUUGAUGGUAAUGACAGAAAAAAAAGAGGACUGACUCGUGGCUUUGAACUGGAUUGCUCUCUGGACGGCGGGUGCAUAACAUUUCCAAAUGUGCAUGCACGCAAACACACACCCACACACACACUCAAGUGUACAGGGGUUCAAAGCAGUAUGAAACCUCAACAGUUGGCUGGAUAAACCUUGAGCACCCCCUAGUGUUGCUUCUCCAUAAUCCACAAGGUCACAAUACUCACUGCAUAUCCUGUAUGUUUAUAUUUUUGGACAAUAACAAGCAAAUACUGUCAUACAUGUUAGUGCAUAAACAUAAGAAAGUUGUUAGUCACUUUUUUGAUUACACUAUUUAUUAAAAAAUACAGUUUUCUGUGUCAUAUCUAAAAGAUGAAAGUCAAACUUUUUGAGCAUGUUUGAGCAUGGUACCACAAAAGUGCCAGAGAUAUUUUAGAUAUUUUUUAACCUUCUAUGCGACUUUUUUUUUCUGUGUGAAUCCUCCGAGAUCUGAUUUCUUUCAGCACUUCCCCUUAUUUGUAGGCAAUAAAAUUCAAAUAAAUCAGUGGCUCACAGCACCCUAGAUGGAGGCUAACCCGUGGUUCUCCUCUCAGGCGAAGAUCCCACUUUGGCUUUGGAGGGUUGAGCGAGAAGCGAGGCCUUGCCCACCGCCCAAAGCAAAACCUUGGCUUUAGCCUAAUGCGUGUUUCCAUCCAGGCAUCCACCAUGUAAAUGUUUGUGAUUAAAAAGGGAGAUAUGAGAGCCGCCGCGUUUCUGCAAUCUUGCACAUCCUAAUUUGGUACUAGGGGAGUUAACACACCUGCCAGCUUCCUGCUGACGAGGGUAAUUUUUUUUUUUUUCUUCCGACUGUUGUUGUUUAUGCCGUCAGUUUAAGGAGAGACGGAGACGGUGAGAACGAGAGAGAGGUCAGAACAAAAUCAGACACAUAGGAAAUACACUGUACACAUACACAGAUCCCGGGCUGCUGCCAAUAACAGGCCAUCUGAAAAUGUGAAAAUGUUGACGGCUUCAUGAUUGAUGGUGGUUAUUUGUGGCUUUCUAACCCUCCUCUUUCACCCCUGCUUCUACCGGCCCCUCCCUCUCCUUCUUCGUCUUCCUCCUCAUCUUUAUUUUUUCGUUGCACCUCUCCUCCCCCAGUUCCAGACAACGUGAACAUGAUUAAUAAGUAAGUGGCCCUCUGUCCAUCACACCUGCAUGUCUGACAUUUUUUAAAAAACCAAGCUGUGAGGAGGGGGGAGUAUGUCAAACUCAGGACACAGACCUGAAAAGAUCAUUUGUAGAUCAGGGAAAUUGUCUAGUAAAAUAUCCUCUUUAAACUAUUUUUUGACUAUAUUCCUGGGGCAAAAACAAUGCAAACACUUUAGCGCGUGUGUGUCGUGUGUGAAGAAGCAGAUACGUCUAUAUUUAGAUGUUUGUGAGGGGACAGAUGUAUAAAUAAAGAUGUGAAUACAGCGACAAAUGAAUAAGUGGCAGUGUAGUUCUCGGUGUCUGCUAUUACUGCCACAGUGCCAGCUCCCCAUCCAUCACUUGCUAACACUGUGUCUGAGUGAGUGUGUGUGAGAGUGUGUGUGUCUGGAGGAGCGAGGAGGAGGGAUAGGAAGGAGGGUAGAGAAAGAGGAGAGGACAUCAGAGGCCACAGUGCAAGUUCCUCAUCCAUCAUUUUGUAAGACCAAACUUCAGACGCGCAGGAAAGGCAGAGAAGAGAUGUUUUUUCAGAAUGAUUCUCCGCUUCCUCUCUGCUUUUUCCUCAAGUAAUCAAUGAGCCACAGCGGUGCCUGCGAUGUUUCUACAGCAGAGCCAGGAAUUCCUCUGUUUCUUUGACUCACCGUCUUUGGCCGGCGAUCACCCCCUUGACUCCUUGACUCGCUUCUCUUUUCUGCCAUUGCCCGGGCUGCAGACGGACACGAGGGAGAGACAGAGAGAGAAUGAGAGGGGAGACAAGACAGGACAGGGCCUUUAGUCUAGAGAUCAUUACCUUUACAUUAUUAAUGUAUGACCAAACCACAAAGGACAUUCACAGACGAUGAGGGGGAGCGACUGCUUCUCUGUUCUCUACACUGAAACCUAUAGGGAAGAUGGACUUUUUAAGUAAGGCUGUGUGCCCACAUACUGUAUGAUCAACAUGGAACUAUGUCUGCUCAGAUCUGAAAGCAUGGUCGCAAUGUAUGUUUGGAUACAUUUCAAAAACUUGCAUAAAUGAUUUUGGCUCUAAAUUCAUUUCACACGUUAAAAAAACUUAAGUUUCAUCUCAUAUUUCUAACAUUGAAAAAAAACUUAAUUAUACGGGUACAUGUGUGUGAAUAGGCAAUGCUUGGACCGAUGACGCAUCCUCCUAAUUAUGGCACCUUCUUAUAAGAAACAGCUGUUACAAAGUGUAUCAGCAUUUAAAAGACAUUUUUGCUGUUUAUGAGUGUGACCUGCUUUCAAUCUGGUCAAUAUUUUUUGCCAAUUUGUGAGUAAGAUCCUGAUCUUGAAUUUGGACCCAAUUGUUAUGAAUAUUUCUUUGCUGAUGCGACAAAAUUUCCACAAUUUUUAUAUAAAUAAUGCCAAUAUCCUUCCCCAUAAUUCUUGAAAAAAACUACCACAGAAAAAAAAACCAUAACAAAGGAAAUAAAUAUCACUUAUAUUAGUGUCCUCUUUAAAGCAAAUUUAAAGCGAAUGAAUAUGGACGCCAAUCUGUGCGUGUGUCUGUAUCUAUUUGAAAGGCAUAUAAGCAGGAUUGGCAGGUACUCGUACAAGGCUGAGGGCAGAAUUAAGGAGUGUGCUGUGUGUUUCAUUAAAUGCUCAAUAUAUCUUGUGUUUCUGGAUCAUUUAAGCCCCAUUACAGAACAGUGGCACCGCUUUAAUUUCUAAAGUGCCUUUCAAAAGGCAUCACCUCAGGCACUUAUUCCUACUCUCACUCACUCUCAUAUACAUACACAUACAUUUGCAAGUAUACACGUGUGAAAUCAUGCACUCAUUCGGAUGCACACAGAUGCAAAUGUGCAAAAGUGCAGGUGACAACACACCUGCACUUACACUCACGCAUACAACAACAAAAAAAAGAGCAAACACAAAGCCUUUAUGUUUUUUUUCUACAUCUGUUUCCUCUCUGCUCUCACAUUCAGAGCUUUUUUUUCUCGGUUGUUUUGUACACUGUGUCUGCUUUUGUCCCUCUGUGUGUCUUUCUGUUUAACAGAUGACAGAAGCCUUGCAGAGGCCGAGGCUGUCUUGGCUAUCAGACCCAUUUAACUUGCCAGUUUGGCCAGAGAAUGAACCCCGGGACUAACCAGAGCCAAGGUCAGAUUCUCAGAGAGAGUGAGUGUCCGUGUGUGUCUUUGUGUGUGUGUGUGCGUACACGGGAAUGAAUUCAUCCAUUUAGCCUGAGGUGUUAGUGCUGAUGAAGACAUGCAAGCUUGGUUACAGUAUCCUCACAAUACUAAACUUUACAGGAAAAAAAAGCUCUUCUAUGCAUUUAAAAAUUUGACUUGAGUGCCUGUAUGUAAAGGUAUGUGAGAAAAGUGUGCUGAGCCAGCUGCUCACUGGAAGGAGGUGGAGGUAAGUUGAGUGUUGUUCUGAGCAAUUGAUACAUUGCAAAUAGAGUGGGCUUCCUGUCCGGGUUUUGUGGCUAAGGUGCUAAACGCUUCAGGAAACCAGAUACACCUGCACAUCCUCUAAAGAGAUAGAGGGACCGGGUAGGGGAAGGUGGAGGGGAAGAUGCGGGAUGCUCGGAAAAGAGGCAAAAGAAAGAGAGUAAGUGCAAAACUCUGAGAGAACUCGGUUUUAACUUUGUCGAAUUACCUGUAAUCUGAGUUUACUCCAACAGUUUGCACUUGAGAAGCAUUGAUGGCCAUUUGAAAUCAAAGAAGGGUUCAUUUCUCAGAGAAUGCCUUUGUCGUUUGUUCUCCUCCUCCUCUCUAAUGAGAUGGAAUGUGGCUAAAUUAGCAGCUGAGAGGCAAAGCUUCAUUUACAAGACAAUCAAAUGAUCCUUUACAAAACACACUCAAUAUGCAUUAGAUGUGGGCUUUGUGAAUAUAGGAUGGCCUCCUUAUGCACUCAAAUAGGGAGGGGGGUUGUGUUUGGAUGUUGCGCCGUGGUGAAAAUGCCAAACUGAAAUCAUCCAUCACAGUGCAAUAAAAAGGCCUGCAGCGCUCUGAGUGGGUAAGAGGAGUGAGAUGUUUGUAUUGGCCCACUGGGUUUCCCUCUGUGAAGGAGGGAAUGUGUAAAUGAACGUGUAAAUGUUAAAAAAUGUUCUUUUUAUUAGACGAAUUGCAUCAUUAAAUCACAUUAUAAAAACAAAAAAUGCACCAUUAAUUUCCUCCCCAAACAGCAGUAAGUACAUGUCUCUCUGUCCCUGUGCCCAUCUCUGUUUAGCCCCAUGGGGUGGCAAUUCCAGCGCUAUUUCACUCUAUUAUACAGAUCAAUCAGGUCGGGGAGGUUCGUGAACACAUGUUGGAAGCAAGAUUGCGAAAACCAUCGCCCUCUUAAUUUGGACGGGGCUUGUUUCUCUCCCUUUAACCAAACAGAAGUCCCUGCAAACAGGUAGUGUCUCCUUUCCACUUUCUGCCCUUCCUCCAUCAGAACACAAAAGGUAGCAUGAAUAAUAGAUAAGAGAGGUGAUGAGAUCAAUCAGAGGCUAUCAGUCUGGGAGAUAGGAGUGGACAGAGUGGGACGUAGAUCUGCACUGGACCAGAGCAGCAGAUCUGCUGUCAGAGGGUGCAGCAAGAGGUGGAGAUAAGUGCUCUGUAGACAAGGGGGCAGCUCACACUGAGAGGCUUUUUUUUUUUUUCUUUUUAGAAAUUAUGUACGGGGAAGAAUGAAGAUGACAGGAAAAUGCUAGAGGCCCCGAAACAUCUCAUCAUAAACCUGCACCCACACUCAUCCCUGCAUGCAUUGACCUCCUGCACCUCUGCAUCACACAUUCUCACAUCUGUGACAAUGCCACCGCAGCAUGACAAAUGCAAACAAAAGGUUCACCUAUUCAUCACUGUAGCGGGGAGGGGCGGGGCUAAUUAUACAACUGUGAAAAUUAUGACUCUCUGUUGUUUUGUUUGUCCUCUAAGAGAUUACACUGCUGAGGAUGGAGGUGUACGGAGGGGAAAAAUAGGCCCCGCAGCUUCUCUUUGAGAGGGCAAAUGAACACACCAGCACAAACGCACACAAAAAACAAACUCACAAACACACACACAUACAUACAUACAAAUACAGCUUGUGUCCCCGCCGCCUGUACCUUGUCUGAGCUUGCAGGCGUGAUUAAUCCAGUGCAGGGAGGGAAGAUUUUGACCCUAAACAGAAAAGUCCUGUUGAAGCUGCAGGAGGCACUGAUUUAUUUGGGUACCACUCCAUCCACAUUAAUUAUCCCCAUGCAGGUGCAGGCCCAAAUUCCUCUUUCCCCAGCUGUAGCCCUACUGUGGUACACACACAAACAUACACAGACACAAAUAAGAGCGAGUCUAUGUAGCCUGCCCCCAUUGCCUUGCCCAGGAUGUGCUUACAGUCUGGGUGGCACCGAGAACACUGACUGUCACCGUGUGUGAAGAAUUGGGCAUCCGGAUAUAGCACAGACACAAGAAAACUAACAAAAAGCAAGCUGGAAUACACUCACACAAACAGUUCGACUCAUGCAGGUCAUUGCUUUAGCAUUUAACUUGUUUCUUUUUCGCAACCUCCUGUAAACCUUUGGUUUCAAUGAGACGAUGGAAGAAAAGUACAUUUUAAAUUCAAGCUCAAUGUUUUAUUUACUGAGAAGAGAUGUUUAGUAUUUUAGGAUCACAUGCCUCAUAAUAUAUAUGAGAGAUAUGAGAUGUAUAGUAUAUUGUACAGCCAGUAUCAGUAACUCAACCAAAAGUCCUUAAACACCAAAGGGGUAAAUUAAGAAGUAGCAGUAAGAUAAACCACAGCCUACAAUAUUGAAAAACUGUGAAAAACACUGAUUACUAUUUGCCAGUGCUCAAAACAACAUGUUAGAGAAUGAAAAAACACCAGACAAGUAAAUGUUAGGGAUGCACCGAUCUGAGAUUUGGAUCAGACUGAUUUUGACAUAUUAACUAGAUCGGAAAUCUGAUGAAUGACGCCAAUCCAGCGCUCCGAUCCAGUCUUUUUUUUUCCGUUUAAUUAAUAUCAUACACAGCAAUACAGCGAUUCUGUUCGCUCUAUAUUCUAUGUCUGUCUAUCCUUUUGCACUAAAUGUUAACAUGGAAGUCUUACUUCUUUUUGCUGUGAAUUUAUAUCUGUGUUAAUUUGUAACCUUUUUUUAACAAGGCCGGUAUACAGUUCAGUCAUUCAACAACAGUAUCAUAUCAGUAUUGGAAAUCGGCCGAUAUGCUCAGCCCAGGUAUUGGUAUCGGAUUGGAUCGAAAAAAAUGGAUUGGUGCUAGUAAAUGUAGUAAGUAAUUCCUCUGUUUGCUCAGUUUAACUUAAACUCUUACUCAGGUCUUCUUUCUCCCGCCGUACUUUCCCCUUCUUUUAGUCCUGUUGUGAAGGUAGUGUCCUCAGGUGACACCAGGCUGAGAGUUAACACCUCCCUGUAUCUGUGCAAGUGUGUGUGUGUGUGUGUGUGUGUGUGUGUGUGUGUGUGUGUGUGUGUGUGUGUGUGUGUGUGUGUGUGUGUGUGUGUGUGUGGUGCAAGCAGUAACUCCACCAACUGUGCUUUUUCCUUUCGGGGCUACAGUGGUGUGUGAUGUGUCACUGAGCGCUCCAGUCAUUAUGGCCUACAUUAGCACCCUGCCUCGCCCUGAUUAGUCCCCUGCUAAGAUGAAAUCCACCAUCUAAGUGUGUUUGUGUGUGUUCUGAGUGAGGGAAGGAGAGAGAGAAAGACCUUUCCACCAUCUCAGUGAUAGCUUCUUCAUUUCUCUAAUACAAAUGUCAGUCGAUGCUGGUCCGCAUGCAUCAGGAGCUUAGUCGUGGGCCCCAUCACUGCUCCUCCGUGGCUCUCAUUUAUCACCUAAUUUGUUUGCACUCUUAUCUACGGCCUUGCCCUGCUGGCAAAUCCAUCAAACACACACAGACACAGAUGGGUUGACAUACACGCGUCUGCUGGCUGACUGUCAGCACCUUGCCUUCCUGGACAUCACUGCACAUACAUCCUCAACUAGCCUCAUGUUUGCAUGACCCCUCGUAUGCUUAUCUCUCUGCCAACAUAUCUGCCCCUUAAACACACAUGCACAUUUGUAGUUCAGAUGCAGAUUUCUCCCACUCUUCUUUUGAUCCGUCACUCCAAUCUAUCACUGUCAUUGUUUCUCCGCUUGAUGUCUUCCUUUUCUCUCACUUUCACUCUACCGACAAAUCCCCCAAGAGGACUGGUGUGAAUAAGAGCGUGGAAUUGAUCAAAUCCUCACACAUCAAUAUCAGUCAAUACGCAUAAUCUUACAGAUUAAUCAAUCAGUGCUUUUCACAAUUGCCUAGACACAGCCUGUGCUAUUCCUCAGGGACCUGGGAGUGCACUGUAAUGGUAGAUAGAAAAACAAAACUCGCUUCAAAAUGAGGUGUUCAACAGAGAAACAGCUGUGGAACUUGUAAAGGUGGAUUGGUGAUUCUAUCAGGGGAAGGGACGGAGUUGAGGGUCUUUUGUGAGUCAAAUUAAGGCAGACUGCAAAAGCCAGGGAAACCCCGUUAGAUCCAAGAUGAAAAUGCCCAUUUUUACCGCAGAUUUAAAGAUGUUUAAAGUAGAGAUAGACUGAUCCAUUUUUUUCUGAUCCAAUCCGAUGCCAAUACCUGGGCUGAGUGUAUCGGAUGAUAUCCAAUACCGAUCCAAUACUACUGUUGAAUGAAUAAACUGUACAACUUGCCCUGUGAGUGAAGGCAUCAGGCUUGGCAUUAGCCUUGUUAAAAAAAGAAUAGACAGACAUAGAGUAUAGAGCGAACAGAACCGCUGUGUUGCUGUGUAGCUGUGUAUGAUAUUAAUUAAAAGAAGAAAAAGACUGGAUCGGAACACUGGAUCACUCAUCAGGCGUCAUUCAUCAGAUAUCUGAUCCAGUUAAUUUGUCAACAUCGAAGCCGAUAUCCGAUCCAAAUAUCGGAUCGGUGCAUCCCUAGUUUAAAGUUAUUUUUGACGGUUGUUUGAAAUGUUCAUCUCUUUUUAUAACUCUUUAAUUUGGAUUGAAUUCAAUACAGUAUGCUUUUGAGCAUUUACACAAGUUGUGUUACGACUGUUCCAGACAGGAAGAAGACCCCCUGCAUAGAUUUUCUACACUGUCUCAAGGUCACAUAAUUGACCAAAGCCCAUCACCUUCCUGUAAAAUGCUACAUCUUUUAAGCUAUAUUUUUCUAUUCCAUGGACAGGUUAGCCGGAGAUAAUCAAUACUGUUAAUUGUGUUUACGGGAGGACUCAGAUAUACAAAGCAUGUCAAGCCAUGAGUUAUGGGAAAUUAACAUGUUUACCAAAACCUUGUUGUGUUAAUUAUUUUUUGUUUUAUACACAAAUGAAGACCACCGAGACAUUUAAGUAAUUCAUUAUAUUGAUAUUUUCAGACACAACAAAAAACUGAGUGCUCACACACACAUACACACUCACACAGAGCAUAUUUGGGGGCCAGCUGCCAGCAAAUGAAGGAUCUCCCUCCCAAUUCACUUGUUAUUGUGCUGUCUGGCUGACAAGUAUACCUAUAGAGUGAGUAUUUAUUUCCGGAAUGUUUUGUUCCGUUUUCCUGCAAUGAUGAAUGUUUCUUUUAUAAAUCCAUCGCCAGGCCUUUUAAACCAUAAACAAUAUUUCUCCAGCCCAGAUUCCUUGUGCAGCAGUCUUGGGGAACCUUGAGAUUUCCAGGCUCUGAUUUAAUGGCUCGUAAUUCUUGAAAGGCAAUCCUUCUUCACCCCUCUGACGCUCAGAUGCACCAUCCUUCCGGCAGCCCACCGGGCUCUGCCUCUGCUCCCCUCCGGAUCCUCAGGACAGUCCAAACGCCAGUUAAAACUACUCAGCUGGAAACAGCAUCAUGCCCUCUCUGUCACUGGCAUUGGAUUAUCUGCUAUUGGCUGACAGGACGGAGAACCCUGUCACUUCUGUCCUUUUUUUCUGCAGAUUUGUGGGUGAUGCUACUGAAAACCAGGGUUGCUCUUUUGUUUGUGACGGGUUUACUUCAACAUUAAGGGUUUUUUUUCCGCUAUAUGAUCCAGUUUCUACAAUAAUCUUGUAUUCUCUUGUCUUUAUCAUAUUUACAAUACAAGCAAGUUUGGUGUAUGCUAAAAUUGCUUUCUUAGUAAACUUUGUAGAUGUUCAAGAACUUAAACAGGAAAACUGGGAUGAAUCUAGUUCAUCAAGACACCAAUAAAGUAGAAAAAAACUGGUUUAAUAACAUUAGGAUUAAAAUGAGUAUGCUGAACAAAAGCUAAAAAAUAAAAUACAAGAUGCUUCGGUUUAGUGGACUCAGUCAGUUUUCUUCUACAAAGGCUUCCAUUGCUUUCAAAAAGUCUACAAUGUGCAGCCUCUGAAGUGACGCAUCAGUCUAGGUAAAGAGAAAUGAUCUUUUGGUUGCACAGGUGUCAGUGACUGUCCUUAAGUUUUGUUUUCAGGAUGACAAACAACAUAAAUAUUGUGUUGAAUUUCUUCCAAACUCCGCACUGCAGUGAAAAAGUGACUUUCUCGGGUAGAAACUGGUGUACAGAGGGUCAGCACAAAGUUUAACGAGUGUGUGUUCAAGUUACCAUGGUUACAUGCUGCAUCGCCCUAUACUACAAUUAAAUUUUUAUAUACUAAACAGGUUCAUUCGGCCUGUCGAUUAUAAAUUUACAAGAUGGAAAGGUAAAAAAUAAACAUUUUUGUACCUAACAAGUUUCAGCUACUUUGCCUCUGCCGCCUUCAUCAGAGGUGUCACGUGAUGUUGGUGUGACAUCGUCUAUGCCGGGGGGAGACCGCCAUCCCACCUGAGAUGGUGGGAUGGCAAAACCCAUAUAACUCAUCACAGACGACGUCACACCAACAUCACAUGACACCUCUGAUGAAGGCUGCAGAGGCAAAGUUGCAGAAACUUGGAAGGUGCAAAAAUGUUUAUUUUUUACCUUUCUGGCUUUUAUAGAGGAACUGUCUUGUAAAUUUUUAUUUGUUUCAUCUCCCACUAUACUUAUCACUGUAAGUUUUCAUUGAUUAAUGAUUCAGUUUCUGUUGUUUGCAAUAAAAGACUUAAUUUCAUAUGGUCAGAUCAACAAGAAAAAUAACAAACCAAAACCACUGACACAAAUUAUAGAAAAUAUAAUAAAACCACAUAAGAAUAUAACAUAAUAUUAAUAUACAAAGUGCAUUUUGCACACCUAAAUGCUGGUGACUCAACAAUGGCAUCCCCUAAACUCAAAUUUUGUCAUCUUGCUCUUAAUCGAUAAAGUGAACAGUUUCUGUGCAACAAAGUCUCUUCGAAGAAACACAGGUUGCUUUCCUCAGUAAUAUCUAACAAAACUAUAUUAAAAUAUUUGUGGACAUAUUUUUCCAAUCUCUGAAAUUAACACUUGUACAAGUUGAUGCUGUAUCAUAUUUUAAGUGCGUCCUCCACUGCAUAAAUUAACUUUGGAGCACAUACUGUCCUUUUUAGUGCACCGACAUUAAACUGCAGCGGUCUACUUUGGACCUGAUCUCACAACUUUGUUUAUGUACCGCAUCACAAAUGACUAAGUCAGCAUAGCAGCCCCCCCCCCCCCAGCGGGAAGCACUGACCUAUGUAAUCCACUGUAUGAAUGUUCUGAUCGUCCCAUAGCUCUCUAGCAGUUGCAAAACGAACAUCAUGGGAAACAUCGUAAAGCUGAGUGAUGUGUUUCAGUAUCAGCAUCAACUUUGUGCAACACUGCAGGACAUGCUGUUUCAUACAGAGGGAACGGUCUUAACUCACAAGAAUUAUUCUUAAAGACACCUAAAUGAUAGAUAUAAGGCACUUGAUUAUGUAACUGUACAUAAACAACAUUGUGAGUACCUGGUAUAAUUUCCUGAAUUUUUUUCCCCACAGUAUAUGUAUCCUAAAAAAGCUGCUGCAACGUCAAUGUUACAAUAAAGUCAGAUUUUUUUUUUAACUGAUGUAGUGCAGAUCUACAGACCAAAGUUGAACCUCUCUAAAAGUUACUUAAAACUUUAUUUCAAGAGUGAUAGUACGGAGAUGAGGCUAAGCUCCUUUUUAAGACGGACAGUAAACAUGCCGCAGCAAGUCAACAGUACAAGGAAGAAACAACAACAAGUUAAAAAAGCAAUCAUUAGGGCUGGUAUCUCUAAUUGUGUUGCUUCCUCUUCUCAUGUAUAAUCCCUGGUUCCUCGCUUUGCCUUCAUUAACAAUGGAUGAAUUAAUUAGAAACCUUCAUAGGAUUUCUGCACAGUGAACCCAGGAGAUAAAACACAUCCUAUCCCUCAGACCCGCUCUUUCCUUCUCUUUUCUCUCCCUCUGCUCUUAAUUGUAUUGUUUGCUUGUAGUGUCGAUAGCAGGAUUAAUUUCACUAUAGAUCAGGAUUAUUGACCUUCUCGUCAAUGUUAUUUCAUUUCUGUAAGGUGCUAAUUAUAGGGAACAGGGCAAAGCAAAUUGCACUGUAACUUGUCUCACUUGCUUUCCAAUAAAGCAGAAAGAAAACAACAUUAAUUCCCUUUUAGCUGCUCUCUGUAGUAAAAUAAAUUUGAGCACUAUUCUCACUGUCCGUCUACCGUCCAAGAAGGACUCUGUUGGCAACUGUUUGACAUGAUUGGUGGACUUUUUAUUCAAAAGACCGUUCACUACCCUGACCCGUACCCGUCCAAUGAAUGCCAUUCUUGUCACACUGACUGCGCUUUUCUCGCUUCUCUCACUUCAUUUGCGGGAGGGGGAGGGCACAGUUCAUAAACAAUUAACCGGCUGGAUAAGUGAUACACUCAAGCGCUAACAGACCUGAAAAACAUUGUGUUAUAAAUUCUGGUAAUUGAGAGGAGGGAGGUGAGCAUCAGGCCACUGUGGACGUCAUAUUAUAUCGGUAACUAAAAAAUCAGGGGGUCUGCAAUUUCGCAUCAUUAACAUCUCGUGAAAGAAAGGAGAGGAAAGUAGAAGACAUUUUAACACAAAUUCAUAGUAAACAAGUUGAAAAAACGCUUAACAAAAGCGCUAAUUUGCUUCUAUUAUGUCAUUUUAGUGAUUGCAUCUACUUCUAAAGGUCUACCCAAGUACAGUUUGCCCUGAGACCCUUUUAUCCCCCCUUUUCUCCCUAUCGCAACCCCUCCCUUCUCCCACAGUCCUCUAAUGAACUGAAAGGUCAGAGCACUAAUAAAACUAUUAGCAGAAAUGAAUCUCUCAGAUGUGUUAAUGCACUUUUAAUUCCUGUUAGCAAAUUUCAUCCCCCAGCAGUUUGCUGCCCGCUAAUGAGAAAUAAAACGCCCCGCUCUGGGGAAGGGGGAUGGGGGGGGAACGGGUCGAUGCUCCGGCUACUCCUCAGCAGACUCUGUACACACACACACACAUACACAUACACACACAAGUCUUAUACACUUACACUGCACCCUACACACACCCUGGAUGUGCUGGAUGUUAUUCACGGACCGAGGCCUGUUUUCAGCCCUGUGAUUCUGCAGGGUUAAUUAAAGAGCACAUCUCCAUCUGUUCUCAUUCAGCCUCAGCUCAGUGUCUUCCAAUCAAGCACACAAGACUCACACACCUACGCACACACACCACUUACGCGCACACACAAAAGAUCACAAUCUUUCCUUGGGCGCUCUCAUCAAUGUAAAAAAAAAAACUUGACAGUAAGGUGUUCACGGGGACAUAUAAACAUGACUUAAGGACAUGAUGUGGCCUCUCACCCAGCUUGUCUCAUGACCUGACUAAUGAGAUACAGACAGGGCAUGACCUCCAUGUCUGGCAGCCACCAGAGAAUAUCAAGCCAUUGUCAGGAAGACGACGACUAUGUUUGUGUUGGUGUGUCUGUCAGCCUGCUGUCACACGUGAUCCUUCAGGAAGUCAAGGUUCAAAAAGUACACCGGGCCAACUUUUUCCCCUCAAGGAGGUGCACAUGCGAGCGGAAAAAGGAGAAUCACUGCGACUGAAAUAAUUAAUUAUUGAUCACUAUGAAUACUUAACAAACUAAUGUUCUUUGAACUGCAAGAAUAAGCAUAAAGACUAUCAGUACAAGUUUAGUAGUCGGUGUUAAACUUUGUAGAAACAUUUUAAAAGAGAAAUAUGUCAUUUGGACACCCGGCGUUUAAAUUAGGUCCAACAGUACAAAUUCAAAACAUCGCACAGAGCUUUUAUUGUCUUCAUUUAGAAAAGAACAGGACAGUAGACAAAUGUGAAAAAGGGAGAGAAAGUGAUGAGUGACGUGCAGUAAAACAACUGAACCUUGGUCACCCUCUUGAGGCAUAGGCCAAUGGUGCACUUUUACAUACUUUUAACAAGGUCAUUAAUUUGAAAAAAAUGAUUUAUGGUAAACUUAAACAGUUUUUAUCAUCAUCGUUUUUGCAUUUCCUGACUUCACUCCAUGAACGCAGCACUACGCCUGCACAUUAUACACAAAAGCGAGGAGUAAAUCACCGACAACUCAGCUCUAAAAGACAGCUGCUCCUCAUUUAUGACUUGAUACUAUCAUGAGCCUUUUGGGAGACAAAAGUCGGCCAAAUGAUCUGUAUCACUGAAAACAGAGAAAUCUGGCUUUGCUAAAGAGAGAACAAGAAGCCAAAAGCAUGCUCUAAAAUUGUACGAGGAAUCGUAGACAACUUCAAGCAAGAGCAGAGCCAAGUACAUGGAUGAUGUGCGACAUGUAACUCCUGAUGUUAAAAGUAGCGAUGGUGAUUCGAUGAAUGUGGAUGUACCAACAACAGUGAAAGCUCACAGAUUUUAGAGAGAGUGGCGUUAUAAGGAUACAAUAGCUGAACAAAGCACUGUGGGACAGAGGCUGCAAGUAACAUCUUUCACAGUAUAUUGGAGUUGUGGUACUCCUUGAUUUUGUUUCCUACAUUUCUGUGCUAGCAGAGUGAAAAGGCUGUUUUAAGCCCUAUUAAUGCACUUAGAUUAACAAAUAUCAAAAGAGAAACAAGAAAAUUAUACCUGAAAAUUCGCUGUGGAUUGUACAGGGUUUCUGCAGGUUUCAACAAGUCAGACUUUAAGACCAUAAUGAAUGCAAUUUAAGAUCCAACUUAUAUCCAUACUGGCAAAAAAAGUACAAAAGACAUAAAAGGGAAAUGGAAACAUUUUAAAGUAACUUAAAAACAAUCUGUAUUUGUAAGUAACAUCAAUACAUUUUUAAGACCUUUCAAAUUUCUAUUUAAGACAUUUUAUGAGGUUUUAAGAGAAUUUUAGAAACUUUAAAGCCUUAAAUUCAAAUUAUGGGUUUUAGACGUUUUAAGAUUUUGAAGACCUGCAGAAACCCGGGCAAUCUGAUUAGUGGAAUAAUGACAAAGAUAAGCUGUGUCAAAAGGUAUAAAUCAAAAUUUGUGAAGGGACUGACUGAUUAAUUAUAAAGCAUUCACACAGCUCUAUUACACUUCUGUCUAAUAGUGAGCAUUUCUUUCAUUGUCGUUUCUUAAUAUAAAUAAGUGCAAAACAGUAUGACUGUAAUGCAAAAUGCUAUAACUGAAGUUGCAGUCACAAUAUCAAAAAGAGCUAUUAAGAUAGUUGCUGCUGUGUCCUAUACAGGUUGACUCUAGGUAUGAAGAAGUUACAUUUAAGACUUUUUAAGACCUUUUUAAUACCAACUUAAAGAAACUUUGAGACCAAACUUGCGAUGGAAAUACAGAUUAAAGUGAAAAUAUAUUCUUUUACAAUUAAAGGCAAUGAUGUCAGUUAAAAAUGUACAAUAAGAAAAAAAGGAAAUAACAAAAAAUGAAAACCAAGAUGGGUUGCAAGGAGGCAACACAGACUCAUUGCAUCAUGUGAUCUAAAUGCCAUGGCGAGAUGAGAUGGGACAAGAAUUGCGUUUAUCCGUGCUUACUAGAAAUUCUCACAGCAAAGUGACUAAAGCACAUUUAAGACCUAUCUGACCUGAAUUUAAGACAAUUUAAUACUUUUUAAGGCCUUUUAUUUGUAAAAGAUGUCUUUCAGACUUUUUUUAGACUUUUUAAGGACCCGUGGUCACCCUGAUUAAGCUCAAUUAUUUGUAAUUCUGCAGGACUCUCGCCACUUCUACAUGGUGUUUGGUUCAGCCAGACUGUCGAGUUGAAAUACUUUCAGAAAAACACCAAUUCUUUUACCCUAGGAUGAAAAAAUAAAAAGACAAAGGAAAGCAAAGAAAGACCCCGAGGGGAGGGCCGGAGACAUUCUAUUACCAAACUCAGCCUUUUAAUCAAUAAAGAGAUAAAAGAUAUUUUAAUCAAAGACAUAUUUCCUUGUUUGUCUAAUGCUUCUGCCGCCACCGUGCACAUAAUCUUUAAACGCUGAAAAGGAUGCAUAAUGCUCUCCCAGAGAGCCACUCAUCCAUAUAAACACAAAACCGAAGCAGUCAGCAGAAACACACACCAGCCCGGCCCAGCGCGCAGACACUCCAUAGACGCCAAAUUACAUUAGGAUGGGCAUAUUAAGGGGAAAUUGCAUCCUGUAAACUAGAAUAUUAUUUCUACACACAAACACAAUGCUUGCACACACACGCACACACAAACCAUUUUUCAACAUCAUAUUCCCCAGCCCCUGUGCUCACUAUUCAGUAACAGAUCCAUACAAGCGUUGUUUUGUGCAUGAACACACACACAAACACAAACCAUGAAACAGAAAGCGCUGUGCUAUUAGUGUGCGGGCUGUUUGUCGGACAUGCAGGCAUCCGUUAGCCUUGGCUAAAGCAUUUCAAUGAGAUUAGAGGGGUAACCGGAGCUCAUCCAGGCCCACUGAACUGAGCUCAUGCCGGGCUAACAAGUCCAGAGGUGGUGGGCAGGCUGGAUCAGGUUCCAGGAGCUAAUGGGUCAAAUACCCGCUGACACUUAAUUGAGUGAUAAAGUGUGCACAUUUAGAUGUGCGGGUGGGUAAACGAGUGUCUCUGUUUUUGUGCGAAUAAUUCACCUUUAUAUUUCAGAGUAAGAGUUUCUUUGUUGUUGUUGUAUUCGCUGCGUGGAUGCUUGUGUGUUUAGAUGUGCGCACAUGUGUGUGGUCUCUGCUGGUCCACUUCUUACAGAGCAUCAGUUUGCACAUGUCUGCCGUGCAUUGGGGAGCAAACAGCGGCUCCAGUAAUGGUGAUUCAUGCUUUCCGUCAGGCCCCCUGACAGGCAGGGUUCGAUCCCCUGCUCAGCGCCCUGUAGCGGCAGUAACAGCAGCCGAGGCGUGCGGAGGACCCCCGGACAUCAUCAUAACUGCUGAGGUAGUGUAGGGCUGCUGACAUAUUGAUCGACCCUCAGUUAGGAGAUUUGAUAGAUUGACCUAGGACUCUCGACUUUAAACAGUGAAAGGAAGAGGGCGAGUCGGGAAGUCAAGAAAACAAAGAGACAAAAAGGGUAAAGGGUGAAAGAGAAACGACCAUGACUCAUGAUCAGCUCAACUUUGUCACCGUCAAGAUAAUUACUACUUGGGUAAAUAUUUGAGAGGCUGUAAACAACAAUUUCUCUUACGAAACUGUACUGAUGCGUGAUUAUCAUCGAUAUUUGGAACAAAUUUAACAUUAACUGUCUUACUGAUCAAAAUGUUUAAACAAUCAAUCCAGAUUCAACCAGGGUAACCCAGAAAUUAAACACAGUAGAUGUUCAACUUUCUUCUUGCUUUCUUUAAUCACCUCAUUCAAAUCUCAUAACCAGAAUAAUGUUUUUUUUAAUCGAGAAUGAGCUAAAAAGAUGAGGCAAAACAUCCAUGAGAUAUCAUUUCUUUCUCUCUGCCCUCAUACCAACAGCGCUCCAGCGACUCAUCAGACCAUCAGGCUAAGCCUAACCCCUCGCCUCCUUCACGCCCUUUGGGAAUCUGGGGCCAGGAAGGAGCAGAGAGGGUACAAGCUCACACUAACGACGGAGGAAACUGUGUCCAGUCGGCUAGAGCCUGAGAUGGAGCAGAAGACCCUGCGCCAUUGUUCUGCCAACAUGCUGACAGCCUGUGAUUUAGGACCGGGGCUGCCCAGGAGCGCUAAGGGAGGGACAGGAGCAAGGGAGGUCAGAGAGAGGCUCCACAGGCACCCUUCAACAAUCCUACCCGAAUCCCUCCAUCCAUGAGAUGGCAGGAUGAAUCAUGGCUUACCCAGUGCGAGGCCUGAGCCUGGCCUCUCUCUACCACCCCCUAUCCCCUCCAUCGACCCCCACCUCCCCCUGGACAAACAUGACAAAUCUGGUGUUUAUUUACUUAAAAAGACCUGCAGAGAGAGCAAAGGGGGGCAGAUAAAAAACACAGUAAAAUCAAUACAGAGUUAGUAGUUCCUGCCCUACUGCUGCUCUUUCCUGUGUGUGCGGCUACACAAACCUGCGCUUGGGUCUAAUAAGGACCCCAGGUGGAAAAGGGACGCAGGUGGCUACAGCGGGCUCCACAUAACUGCAGGGAAAUAUGAAGGGGGAGGGGGCCAGUGGAGAAAGAAGAGCUGUGCCAAGUCCAAAAUGGACUUUACAGCUAAAAAGGAGAUGAUCUUGGACUUAACCAGAACUGCUCGACUUCACUGACAAAAUAAAAUAUGGCCUCUGGAAUAAUAACACUUGCAAGUUUUCAUGCACAGUCUUUAGAGACGAAC